UUGAGCAGUUCAAGGCCUCCCUCUGUUCUCUAUAUAAACAACUCAUGCUGUGUCCUGAAGUUGCAGCCCGACCAACACAAAAAAAUUUAGCAUCUCUUUCUUUCUUUCUGUGUUCCUUUAAUCCUUUCAUUUUGAUUUUGAAGAAUGACAACCACAUCUGAGGACGUGAUUGCAAAAACUGAGGAGGAGGUGGCAAUGGAGAUUGAACCCCAAACCGGGCUUUCCUUUCCUGUUAAACUGGAUGAUGGGAAGCAGCUGACUUGUCUUGGUUUGAGGAAGAGGUCUAUGCUCGGCAUUGGCAUCAAGAUUUAUGGCUUUGGGAUGUAUGCAGACAAUGGGAAACUUAAAGAAGUUCUGAAGUCAAAGAUCGGUAAAGCCCCGGAAAAACCCACAGAAGAAAUGUAUCAGGUGGCAAUUGAUAGUGAUGUGGAGAUGACGGUGAGGCUGGUGAUUGUAUUUUUUAAAGUCACCAUGGGCAUGGUAAGAAAGAAUUUUGAUGAAGGUCUUGGAGCAUCCAUAAAGAAACUCGAUGGCGGGAAGAAGAAUGAUGAGCUAGCAACCAAGGUGAUGGGUCAAGCAUCAGAUGACUUGAAGCUACCAUCUGGUUCUGUAAUUGAGAUUUCUCGUCUUCCAGGACACAUUCUUGAAACCAAAGGUUGGAUACAAAGAUGAAAAUGAUAACUGUUAAAAAUUUACAUAUCCAAUUACAUUUUACAGAAAUUUAACAAUGUUUGUUUGGUGGAUGCAGUGAAGGGUGAGCUAAUAAGCAGGGUGGAGAGUGAACUUCUCUGCAGGGCGUACAUUAACAUGUACCUGGGAGACGAUCCAUUGGACAAAGAGGCCAAAGAGAAAUUUGGAACGUCCAUGCUUUCUCUCUUCGAAUCCUGAACUGAAACAGAUCCUGGAAUUGAAGGGAAUAAGAUCCAAAGUCUAUAGAAUAAAAUUCCAAGUGUUGUCAAUUCUGAAUUUUCUGUUUUCGUGAUCGAAUAUCAUGCAUUUGUUGAAUGUAGAAAUCAUAUAACUCAGAGCUAAAAGAUUUCUUUCCGGAUACUCAUUCACUUGACAAUGUUUGCAUACAGAUAAAUGAGGGGAUUCCUCACCAUCACAAAGAGCCUUGAAAGAUCAUCGACUCAAGGAAAUUUUACAUCAGAAAACAAAAUAAAUUUGAGUAGAUUAAGCUUGAGCCGAAAGUGGUAUUUGUUGAUUCUCAUUGUCAUAUAACAAGAAUUAUAGUGUUAACUUUAGCUUUUGUUAAUUCUGUGUCAUAUUCAAAGUGGUUUCCACAUGAUCAUGUUUAUUAUACCAAUCAUAUAAUUUACUGCUUGGAGAAGGCAAGUGGAUUUCAUCACCUGGCCGCAUUUUAUGUAAUCUUCACAACACUGCUAAAAAAACUGGAGUUUCCGUUAGAAAAAAUUCCUAAUUGUGGGCUUAUAUUAAUAUAUGUUAGUUUUGAUUACAACGGAGUAAAUUAAUAGUCCACUAAUAUACUAAUGGGUUUAAUGAGAUCAUAUUAAAGUUUGAUCCAUUACACUUCAUUUGAUUAAUCUUGACUGACAACAAAGUGUGGGUCUUAGGAUUAUUGGGCCUUUAAUGGGAGGGCCUAAUAAACUAUUAUUAAGUUGGUUAAGUCCCCUUUCCAAACUAUAUAAGAUAACUGAAACCCAUUUUGGAAGUUAUCAUCAGGUUGCGUCAUUAGAAAAGAAGACUUACGCUCUUUGCCUUUUGGGAAAAACAAUCGCUGCUCUUUUAAGAAAGCCAAGGAUCAAGAAUCAUGACACAAAUAGUGAACAAUGAUAAUGCAACCAUUGAGGUCCUGACUAGUAGUAACUAUAAGAGAUGGAAGCAAGACAUAGAUUUUGCUUUGGGGAUUGCUGAUAUUGAUAUGGCUCUGCGAGAGAAUGAACCACCUGUGCCAACUGUGGAAAGUAGUGUUGCAGAAAGGGAUUUAUAUGCUAGAUGGGAGAAGUCAAACAGGCUGAGUCUAAUUGCAAUGCAGAGAACCAUAGCUGAUUAGUUGAUGAGUGGUUUACCUGAGACCACUAAUGCUAGGGUGUUUCUCACUGCUAUUACUUAGAGGUUUCAAGUUUGUAAUAAUGUUGAAGCUGGCAACUUGAUGAGUGCAUUAACUGAAGCCAAAUAUGAUAGUUCCAAAGGAGUGAAAGAGUUCAUUUUGAGAAUUGUAGAUAUUCAGUCGAAGCUUAGAAACCAUGAGAUCCCAAUCAACGAUAACUUCAUUGUUAAUCAUACCCUAAACUCGCUACCCAUAGAUUUCAGUCAGAUCAAGACAACUUAUAUUGCUUAGAGUCAGACUUGGAGUAUUAAUGAUCUGAUUACCAAGUUUGUGGCUGAAGACAAUGUUAGUGUAUGCUCUAGGAACCAAUCGUAUUGUUGGU